CGCCCUUUCGCGCCUCACUCUCUUCCACUCUCUCUCUCUCUCUCUCACACCACAAAACCAUGUUUCGAAGAUCAAUUUUGCAAAUUUCGUCUCGUCGUGGACUUAGGAAGAUUCCGAGGUCGAUUUCAAGUCAGCACGUUUCAAGAUUUCUUAGAAGGGAAUUCUCCGCCGCAGCGUCCAAAAUUGCGCCGCAGCAACCUGGUGGUGCAGGCGGUUUGCCGCCGCCGCCGCCGGAGAACGGCGGUUCGAGCGCCAAAAUUUUCCUUGGAAGUGCUGUUGUUGGUGCUGGGCUUGUGGGAGCUUACAAAACUGGGUAUCUAGACCCGAUUUUUGGUGCAAAAGAGAAGAGUGAUUUGCAUAAGGAAGCUGGGAUUGGUGUGGAGGAAAAACUUGUGGAAGAAGAAAAGCAUGAUGAAGAAAAAGCUGGCAAUGUUGAGGAGAAGAUUGAAACUCAUUCAGAUGUUGCUCAUGUUGAGGGUUUGAGUGGAAGAGAUGGUGAAGAACAUUCUCAGGUGGAUGAUAAUAAAUCUGAGAGUGACAUAACAAGUGAGAAAGCUUUGCCUGAGUUUUCCCAAAAUGAAAAUCUUGGGUUAUCAUCUGAAGGGAAUGUAGAUGUGAAGAGUACAGAGGAAAAAACUAGUGUGGAGAUAACUGAGGAGGUACAAACAUCGCCAAUAGUUUCGCAGACUAAUGCAGAUCAGCGGCAAGAAAAUGAGGUGAAAACAUUGCCGCAUCAACAGGAUAUCACAGAAGACAAGGUACAGGUUGCAUUAGGUAAUAAUGAAGAACCAUCAGGUUCUCUCCUCAAGACAUAUAAUCUAAGUGAUGAGGCUGAUGAAAGCACGGCAACCAACUCUAACAAUGAAAACGAUCAAGUUUCUAAAGAAAAAGAGGCUCUCGUUGAUGCAAUUGAAGGGUUGAAUGAUGCUUACAUAUCCAAAGAUGGAAAGCUAGUUCUUGACUUCUUACAAACCAUUCAUGCUGCUGAAAAAAGGCAAGCUGAGUUAGACGCUCGUGUUUUUUCUGAAGAAAAGAGAACGUUAAAGGAGAAGUAUGAAAAGAAACUAAAGGAUGCUGGGGCCAGGGAACUCAUGCUUGCAGAAAAGGCAGCAAUGCUAGACAAGGUUAAAGAGCUCUCUUAUUAUCUUCUCUUUAUAAAUGCCUUGUGUGUGGCAUUCUAUGCAAGAUCUGAAGAAGCUCGUCAGACUCACUCUGCUCACAAGCUUGCUUUGGGAGCACUUGCACUAGAAGAUGCACUUUCAAAAGGAUUACCAAUCCAGACAGAAAUAGAGGCUUUACACACUUAUCUUGAAGGCAUUGAUAAAGAUUCAAUUUUAGAUUUGGUCCUAUCAUCUCUUCCUGAGGAAACACGAAGGAAUGGCACAGAUACCUUACUGCAAUUGAAUCAGAAGUUUGAUGCCUUGAAAGGGACAGUACGGCACCUCAGCUUAAUCCCUCUUGGUGGUGGCGGCAUUUUGGCACAUUCCUUGGCACAUAUAGCAUCCUGGUUGAAGGUAAAGGAAGUUGAUCAAUCUGGGGAUGGAAUUGAAUCCAUCAUCAACAAGGUGGAGUCCUGCCUUGCUGACGGGAAAAUAGCCGAAGCAGCAGAGGCACUUGAAGAAGGUGUGAAAGGCACCCAAGCAACAGAAGUAGUGCGCGAAUGGGUGAAGCGUGCUAGGAAUAGGGCUAUCACAGACCAAGCUCUUACACUUCUCCAAUCAUAUGCUACUUCUAUCAGUGUCACAUAAAAUCCACUUCUUGAGUACGCAUACUGAGGCUGCAUAAUUGAUCUACAUAAAGGUUCUUUGGUCUAGUGUUGUAGCUCCCGAUAAUUGCCUGGUUCUGAUGUAAACAAACAAAUCAUAAUGUGUUACCGACAUUAUGAUUGAAAAUGUCACUUAAUUUUUUUUGGGGGGUUUAAUGUCAUGGGAAGUUUCUGAGCAAUUGUAUUUUUCGUCUUCAGCUUGAGUAGAUUAUCUAUUACCCUCUUGAGUGGCAUAUUGUUUCAAAUGCUGCAAAAGAAUUUUGCAUGCUAUAAUGGCAUUAUAGGCUGUAGCACUGCUUCAGAACACAGUGACUAAAUUGGCCACCGUGAUGUAACACAGGGACUAUUUUUGCAUUUAAGCCUUGUUGUUACCAUUAUUAUUUUAAGUCAGGCAUAUGCAUGACACAUUACUUUUAAUACAUAUUUCGACAAGGUUUAGC